AUGUCAAUCAAUAAGUCGUGGAUUGGAAAACCACGAACCACGCAUGAGUAUAAAGAUGGUUUAAACAAGUUUUUGGAUUUUGCUUUUGAGCAUCGGUCUCUCGCGGGUCGUCAGAUUAAAUGUCCUUGUCCGGUGUGUGGUUUUUGCAAGUGGCAAACAAGAGAGAAAGUUUUUGAACAUUUAAUAGUCAAGCCAUUUCCAGAAAACUACAAAGUUUGGUAUUGGUAUGGUGAAGAAGCAGUUAGAGUUGGGUCACAAGUUUAUCAAACUAGUCAUAUUGUACAAGAUGAUUCGACAUAUCAGCAUCCAAUGGUAACAAUGCUCAAUGACGCGUUUGGAGUCGCUGGAUCUGACUUGAAUGAAGAUGGAGAUGGAGAUGGAGAUGAAGAGCAUAGUGGAGAAAAUGUAGAAUUUUAUAAGUUGUUGGAAGAUGACAAGUCGGCAGCUUCAAAUGCAUCACAAGUCAAGUCCGCAGCAGCUGCAAAUUCCUCCCGAGACACAUUGGCAGCUACAAAUUUCUCCCGAGACAAGUCGGCAGCAGCUGCAAACUCCUCUCGAGACAAGUCGGCAGCAGCUGCAAAUUCCUCCCGAGACAAGUCGGCAGCUUCAAAUUCCUCCCGAGACAAGUUGGCAGCUUCAAAUUCCUCCCGGGACAAGUUGGCAGCAGCUGCAAGUUCCUCCCGAGACAAGUCGGCAGCUUCAAAUUCUUCUGAGCCAUCAUCAGUUGCUCCAACUAUAUCUGAGCAUCCAUCCGAACCUAAACGUAAACGUGGACAUGAAUCUAAACAUUAUUGGACUAUUGAUGCCAUAGAUGAAUACGAAGAUAGUACACGCCUUCAUUUAUUAGCGAAGGAUGUGCAUAAUUUGACAGAAGGUUUGCGCAUAGUUGUCAAUUUUGAUAAACAUCAUGCAGCAAUAGGAGAAGCAGCUGGACUCCUUGCAGGAGUUUGUGGACAAUUGGCCACUGAUUGUGUAGCAUUUCCAAUCAGUUUUGACAAGUGGUCAGACAUUCCAGCAAGCUUUUUUGAAAAUCAAUGGAAUAUUUUUUUUCCUAGCUCGAUUUUGCUUCAAAGUGAGUGAUAACUUGGCCAAACAAUUUUUGCUCCAAUCGCUUGGC